GGGUCGACGUGAUUACGCGCACACGUGGAGAGGCAGCUACGUAGGUCUGCAUUGUGUAAUGGCAGGGAAGAGAAAGGCGGUGGGGAAGUUGGUGGCGACGGUGCGUAUGUACAUACCGGCUGGAAUGGCUUCCCCCUCACCGCCUUUGGGACCAGCUCUGGGGCAGAGAGGGGUGAACAUUGGCCUGUUUUGCAAGGAGUUCAACGAGCAAACUAAAAACAUCAAGGAGGGUAUCGAUCUGCCCGUGAAGAUAUCAGUCAUGUCUGAUCGGACGUUCAGUUUCAUUUUCUCCACUCCCACCAAUUCCUACUUCCUGAAAGCUGCCGCAGGCAUCGAGAAAGGCUCCUCACGACCAGGUCUGGCCACCUAUCUUUCCAGCAAAUACCUUCUCUAGCCAGUGGGUGUGUGUGUGUGUGUGCAGGCCAUGAUAUUGUCGGACAGGUGAGUCUGAGACAUAUCUAUGAGAUUGCCAAGAUCAAGUCGGAGGACCCGAGCUUUGCCGGAGUUUCACUGGAGAGUGUUUGCAAGACUCUCAUUGGCUCGGCCAAGAGCUUUGGGAUUGAAAUAGUUAGAUAGUUUGUGCCAUUUGUGUGUUUGUACAUUAUGCCUGGUGUAUCAGUUUAGUAUCCUGUAUCACGACAACACUUUCUCAGAAAUCUCCACUGGUAUUUUAGUUGUCUCUACAACAUUCCAAAUGCCAAUCAUUUU